CUAUUUCCUAUUUAUAAAUAUAAAUCCUACACUCUCUUCUCUUCUUACUCUUAUUUCCCUUUCCAUAACUCAACAACACAAUAUUAUUAUUAUUAAUAACAAUUAUAACAUACACUUCCUUCUACUCAUUUCUCGCAUCGAUUUCCAUGGCCCCUUCCUUCGACACAACCUCUCACACAGUAUGCGUCAUGGACGCUUCCAGUCAUUUCGGCCUCACCCUCGUCCAGACACUCCUCCAAAGGGGCUACACCGUUCACGCCUCCGUUCAAAAAUACGGGGAAGAAAACAUCUUCAAAGGGGUUUCCGCCAAUCCCGAUAAGCUCAAGCUUUUUCGAUCUGACCCAUUUGAUUACCAUAGCAUAGUCGAUGCACUACGAGGUUGCUCUGGUUUGUUCUACACCUUCGAACCUCCCCUUGACCAGCCAAAUUAUGAUGAAUACAUGGCAGACGUGGAAGUAAGAGCUGCACACAAUGUGUUGGAAGCAUGUGGUCAAACGGAAACAAUAGAUAAAGUGGUUUUCACAUCCUCAGCAACAGCAGUGGUGUGGAGAGAGGAUCGCAAGAGCAUGGAGGCGGAUCUAGAUGAGAGACACUGGAGUGAUGUGAAUUUCUGUCGCAAAUUUAAGUUAUGGCAUGGGGUGUCAAAAACAAUGGCUGAGAAGAGCGCGUGGGCCUUGGCGAUGGACAGAGGAGUGAAUAUGGUGUCCAUCAACGCAGGAUUAUUGAUGGCUGAUGAUCUAUCUCUCAAACAUCCUUACAUGAGAGGAGCCGCUGAGAUGUACGAGGACGGGGUUUUCGUCACAGUUGAUUUGAGUUUCUUGGUCGAUGCCCACAUCUGCGUCUACGAGGAUGUCUCAUCCUACGGUCGUUAUUUGUGCUUCAAUCACAUCAUUAACACCCACCAAGACGCCCUUCACCUCGCACGCAAGUUGGCGCCUUCUGCCUCUUCUUCCUUGCCACAAAGUGGCGACUGCGGUAAGAGUUUUAUCGAACAGAGAAUUAGCAACAAGAAGUUGAACAAAUUGAUGGUGGAUUUCGAGGAGGCUUGAAUUCAAUUCGUUGGUCAUCUUUUUGGACGGUGAUAAGAGCGAUGAAUCACCCAAGCUGUUUUUCUGCGGGAAAGCAUUCGUGUGACAAAUGAUUGUUAGAAAAAGAUUUGUACCUAUGCUCCCAUAUUAUAAUAAUAUGUUACGCAUUAAUGUAUUUUUCAUCAAAUAAUCAUUUCUUCAUUUAUUUGAAUAAUAGAUAAUACAAAAUAAUUGUUUAUUUUUAAAGUA